AUGGACGACUUAGAUGACCUUCUUGAUGACUUAGAAGAAAAGAGAGGCAUUAAUACUAAACCUGAAAGCAAAAAUGAUGAUUUGUGGGGAAUGUCUUCAAACGAACCAAAGCCAGCAGUAGACACUUUUGGAUCAAGAAGUAACCAAAAUAGUGCACGGAAGCCUCCUAGUUCAGCAAAGGCGGAUCCAUGGGCAGUAAAGAAGCAAUCUCCUGUCCUUGAAGAUGAUUUUAACUUCGGGGAGCCAGAAAAUAAUUCAGUGUUUGAUAAAGGCAGCCCUGCUGGCCCUAGGCACAUGCCAACCUUUGGAGGAAUGGGAAGUGGAAAUUUUGGAGGCAGUGCAUACUCUAAAGGGUCUCAAAGGUCUAGAUCAAGAAAGAAGGAUGAUGACGAUGAUGAGUUCGACAACCUUAUAGAUUCUGUUCUUGGUAAAGAUGAUAAGGAAGAGCCUGAAGAUCCUCCAUCCCCGAAAGAUGAAAUUGAUGCUUUACUUGGAGAGCCAGACCCAGGAAGAAGACCAAGACCAGGAGAUGAUCGACCAGGUAGAAGAAAUGUACCAAAGCAUUCAUCUCAAACUGGACUCAGUCAGAGUCCUAUGCAUUCUAGUGUUAAAAAGAUGGAAAUGGAUCAGAAGAAGAAAGCACUAUUUGGAUUAUCAGGGAGUUCAGAAGGUAGAAGCGGAGUUCAAAAAUUAAAUUUUGGAGCAAGAUCUCAGGUUUCUCCAGAUGAUGGAGACAGAAGGAUAGACCAUAACCAAACUACAUCAUCGCAAGGCAAUGCUCCUGGUGGGAACACAAGUGUGAUAGAUUCUUCUCCAAUUGGAGUUUUGACAACAAAUAAAUCAAGAAGAAUGGCAAAGAGAAAGACUCCUGGCGGGACUGGAGGAACUUCUGUUGCUAAACCUGCUAAUAGAUCAAAAACUACAGAUGUUGGAAUCAACAGAAGUGGGAGUAAUAGGUUUGAUUCCCAUGUUGAUCCUCCUCCAAUAUUUGAUAACAACAAUACUACUUCUACCAAAAAGAAGCCACCGAGACCUGCUAGUCAGAACCCUCCUUAUUUAAUCAAUCAAGAUGACGACGAUGAAGAUGACGAAUUUGAAAGAGAUGAUGGAGAAUCUAUUCUAGCGAUGAUGGAUGCUCCAGACCCUUCCAAAGCUAGGGGAAAGCAAAAUAUCACACCCACUAAGACAAAGAAACCCAACAUUGGAGUUGAAGACUUUGAUGAAGAUGAUAUUUUCUCAGGAGAGGGUGUAGGAUAUGUACCUUCAACAGUCUCGAAAAACCGUCAAGAUGAUUCAAAGAGCAGAGGAAAAAGCGAGGACUCUGAUGAAAUAACCCCACUUUCAAGAGGUAGGAAGAAGAUGGUCACGGCUGGAGGUAGUAGUGCCUUCCAGAAGGGAAUUAGGGACUCUAGCUCCCCUUAUGAUAGAACUGAUGGAAACUUUGGUUCAUAUUCGAAUCUUCCAAAUCCUAAUCAGCCUAACAAAAAUAUGGUGGCAUCUGGAAGUGUUGCCCUAAAAUCCUCAAUAGGGGUUCUUCCAGUUAAUAAAUCAUCAAAACAAACACUUGGAGAUAAUAAAGAAAAAUCGAUUCCUCUUGAUGAUCUUACCAGAGCCAAGCUUGAUCUUGAAGAAGCUAGAGAGAAAACCCUAACAAUGGAGAAAAGGAUGAAGAAAGAAAUAGAUGAACUAAAGCUAGAGCAAACGAAGGACAUUCUCAACCUUGAAUCACAUUAUAACAAAAUGCUUGAGACUCACAAUAGAGAAAUCAAAAAAUUAUCCGAUGACAUGUACCUUAGUAUAAAACAGGAAAGAGAUAAACUCGAGAUGAUCAAUAAGACCGAGCUGGAAAACAAAAAGAAGCAGAAUGAGAUCGAACUCGCAAGGCAGAAAGACAUAUACUCUGACCAGAACUCAGUCUUUGAAAACCAGCUGAAGCAACAAAUAGAACUAAAUAAGAUGCUGGAGCAAGUGAAGACUUCCUCUAGCAACAUUGAAACUACUUUGACUCAUUUAUCCGAAGAUAAGACUAGAGGAAUUCAAUUACAGAUUGAAGAAUGAGACAAACGAGAAAGAGAACUGGCCGAUAAACUUAGAAAUAUACAGUAUGAAACUAGUGAAACUGAGAAGAGAAUCCUCAAUACAGAAAAAGAAAUCCAGAAUUUCAGAGUCAAAAUUGAAGUAAUUAAGCAGGAUCAGGGAAGAGAAGUUGAGCUUACCCAGGAGAAUCUGAGGCAAGAAGAAACUCACUAUAAACGAGUUGUCGAUGAGACUGAGUUGAAGCAACAAGAAGCUGAGAUAAAUCUUCAGAGAAUCAACAAAGAAAUCCAGGAGAAGCAAGCUGAGUAUGACGAUAAAAUAAAUGCUCUGGAACUGGAGCGAAAGAUAGUUGUGUCUGAUCGCCAGAAUCUAUUCGAGCUUAUCCAAAUGGAGAGAAGUAAUCAGGAAAGAAAGAUGGGAGACUUAGAACAACUCGAUCAUGAAAUUACUCAAGAAGAGCUUGACUAUGAACAGAGAAGAGCUGAAUACGCACAAAGAGAGGAGGUUAUUAAUGAAAAAUAUAAUCAGAUAAAAACCCGAACUGAUGUGUAUGAUGAAGAGAAGGACAAGUUUGAAGAUGAAGCCAUGAAAGUUCACCAAUACUCUUUAAUGGUACAGCAAGAAUCUGAGAGAAUCGCUAACUUCAAGUCAAACUUUGAUUCAAUGAGAAAAGAGUUGGAACAGUCUAGGGAUAUCAUUGCAAGAGAGAAAGCUGUAAUAAAAACUGAGAAAAUGAGACAUCUGGAAAUGAUGGGUGAGUUAGACACAAAGCAAAGAGCUUUAGAACUUGUCAGAUCUGAUUACAUAAAAGAUAGAGGAGAUAUUGCUCAACAAAUGUGGGCCAUUAAAAGACCUCUAGAUUUCAAAGUUGACAUUAAGCCACCUCAAUUGAAAGCUUUCAAUCCUCCUGAUGCAAAUUUACCUUCUGCUCCUCCUUCAGUAGCAAGCUAUAUGCCAAUCAGAAAGACUAGACCAAUUUCUGAUUACAAGAGGACAAGAUACCAAGGGUCAGAUUUCCAGACUUUCUUAUUAAAGGAGAAGGAAUAUCAAUUAAACAUUAUGAGCAACUUGAACCUCUCAGAUAGCAUUCAUGAUUCAAUGAAGAGGUCAGGCUUGAGAGCCUCAAAUCUCAGUUCUGGGGCAUCACCAGGACUGAUGUUCAACACAGAUAAGAAGUUCAGAGCUGGUGAUUCCUUUGGAAGUGAAUCAUCAGGUUCUUUGAAAUACAUGAGCAAGAACCUGAAUAUAUAGCUAUCAGAUCUUCAAUUUCUUAAA